CUCCUGUGCGGCGGCGUCGCGGGCGCCUUCUCCAAGUCGUGCACCGCGCCGCUCGCGCGGAUCACGAUCUUGCGCCAGCUGCAAUCGACCGGCGUCGUUCACGGAUGGAGCGGCAGCGCGGGCAUGGGGAUCUACGCCGCGCUCGCGAAGAUCGCGCGUGAGGAGGGCGUGCGCGCGCUGUGGAAGGGCAACGGCGUCACGGUGCUCCAUCGCCUGCCGUACAGCAGCAUCAACUUUUACGCGUACGAGAACAUCAUGGACUUUCUCGAGGGCGAAGGGAGCUGGGCCCGGAGCGGCGAGAAGUCCAAGUCCUCCGCCGGGGGGAAAGGGGGAACGAGCAGGAAAGACGACGAGGACAACCCGGAGCGCCAGGGCGGCGUCGGGCUCGGUUGGGACGUCGGCCGGCGGCUCGUCGCCGGCGGCAGCGCCGGCAUGAUCGCGUGCGCGAUGACCUACCCGCUAGACCUCGUCCGCACGCGCCUCGCGGCGCAGACGACGGUGAAGCACUACGACGGCUUAUUCCACGCGCUGUACGUCAUCGCGAAGAAGGAAGGGCCGAGAGGGUUGUACCGCGGCCUCCCGCCGACGCUCGUGGGCGUGGGGCCGAGCCUCGCGAUCAACUUCGCGGCGUACGAGACGUUUCGCGACCACCUCGGGAUCUUCGGCGAGCCCACGAUGCGAUCGCUGCUGUGCGGGAGCGCGUCCGCGGUGGUGUCCGCGACGGCGUGUUACCCGCUCGAUUUAGUGCGGAGGAGGUUGCAGAUGCGGUGCGCGCAGGAUCGCGGGCAGAGUUUCUUGGGCGUGUUUCGCGCCAUCUGGGCGACGGAGGGCAUGGCGGGGUUCUACCGCGGGCUCAUCCCGGAGUUUUGUAAGGUCGUGCCGGGGGUGAGCAUCACGUACAUGACGUACGAGCUCAUGAAG